UUCAAAUUUGAACUACCCUGAUAGGAAAAAAAAGUAAAGGUUUAUUUUUAGAUGCUAAAACCACAAUACAAACACGAAUUUUAUGUUUCAGUACAUAUUAUUUUACUUUAACGGUGAUUUGUAUCUUUUAGCGAAGUCGUUAAACUGAGGAAAGUACGUCACCAAGCCAACUGAAGUCGAAGCUCCAAGCCAGCUGUUUGUUGCCGCGCUUUUUAACAGACAGUGUGUGGCUUGCCGCUGCAAAUUGCCGCUGAUAACUGCUUUGAACAAUGCCCCAGAGCAUACUGCAGGACCCCCUGCUCCUGACUCGGUUGAAAUGGUCCGAAAUAGUCGACGUCUUGUGCUUAGAAGUUCUGGGCGAGACACGGCGUGACCCACUCUCCAUGCGAGGUCUUUUGGACAUUGAUGCGAUCGACAGUGGCGUGUUCAGAACGUACUUUCGGUUGGAAAAGGACGAUGUACCCAGGCUACAGAGAGCUUUGUGCAUACCUGACAAGGUAACAACUCCGCAGAGGGUGUCAGUUCCCGGCGACGAGGCCCUUUGCAUCACGCUAAGAAGAAUAGCCUACCCAAACCGGCUGCGCGAUCUGGAACACCUUUUCGCCCGACACAGCUCGACCAUAUCGUCAUUGACGAACGAAGUGCUCAGGCACAUCGAGGACAACUUCUUCCACCUUCUGGACGACGUUAAUAACCACACGUGGCUGAACCUGGACACCCUGGAAGAGUUCUCACAGGCCGUUCACGCGAAAGGUGCCCCGCUGACAAAUUGCUGGGCCUUCAUCGAUGGCACGGCGCAGCCAAUAUGCCGACCAACAAGGAACCAGAAAGUGUACUUCAGCGGCCACAAGAGAGUCCACGCCCUGAAGUACCAAGCUAUAAUGUGCCCAAAUGGCAUGAUCUGCCAGUUGGACGGAUCAUACCCCGGCAGCAAACACGAUUCAGGUAACUUUGGAAACAGCGCCGCGUAUACGAAGCUACAAAACCUCGUUCAAGGUCACGACUGCUGCAUCUACGGGGACCCUGCCUACCCGUUGCGGCCCCUUCUGCUCAAGCCCCAUGGCGGAGCUCUCCUGACUCCUGAACAAUUAGCUUUCAACAAAGCCAUGAGUAGU